UCUCUUCUUCUGUCCAUUGUAAUUACAAAAAAGUAAAAAUAAGAAGAAGAAAAAGAAAAUAAAAAAGGAAAGAAGAAGAAACAGAGAUUAAUAACAAGGUAGAGGCCGGGCCGGGGGAGAAAGAUGGCAGGUAACAAUUUAGUCCUCCCCUUGGUGUCUAUCUUCUUAGUGGUGGCCGUUGUGUUGGGAGCCGUUUUGGUGUUGCACAUAGGCAGCAGCAACGAUGCACCAUCCAAAAACAACAAUCAAAUUGUUUCCACGGGCUACAUGAAAUCCGUAACUACUUUUUGUCAAUACGCGGAGUACAAAGACUCAUGCGCCAAGAGCAUCUCCCCAGUGGCCAAAAACCAAUCCGCCACCACUAAGGACUUCAUCCUCGCGGCCCUUAAGGCUACGAUCGAGGAAGUGUCCGAGUCCCACAAGCUUGUCGUGAAUACGCAGGUUGACGAGAACGCCGAUCCGUACAGUCAUAUGGCCCUUGAGGAUUGCAAGGACAUGUUGGAAGAUGCAAUUGACGACCUAGAGGCCUCCUUGUCUGUAGUGGGAGAUAGCACACUUCACAACCUCAACGAUCGCGGGGACGAGCUGCUCAAUUGGGUGUCUGCUGUCUAUGCGUAUCAGACGACCUGCACGGAGCAAAUCGAAAAGCCCGAGUACAAAUCCGCAAUUCAGGAUGGUAUGAUCAAUGCCACUCAACUCACCAACAAUGUAAUCAAUAUCAUAGCUGAUAUGGCCAAGGUCCUAGAGGCAUUCAACAUCACCAAAGCAGUGGACUUACUUCAUUCAGGAGCUGCCGCGACUAGUACUAGUAGUAGUAGUACUAGUAACUCUACCACAACCACUAACUCUCGUCGCCUCCUCCAAGAGGAUGGCGAUUUCCCGUCGUGGUUCCCUGCUGCAGAUAGGAAACUAUUGGCCGCACAAAGAGCAGGGAAAUUGAAGCCUAAUGUGGUGGUAGCCAAGGAUGGUAGCGGCAAGUUUAAGUCAAUUAAGAAGGCACUAAAGGCCUACCCGAAAAAAUAUAAACGAAAAUACACCAUAUAUGUGAAGGCUGGAGUGUAUGAUGAAACUGUUGUGGUAAAAAAGAAGAUGCAUAACAUUUUCAUGUACGGAGACGGUGCUGGGAAGACUAUUAUCACAGGGAAAAAGAAUUUCGCCUUCAUGAAAAUCACCACCUCAAAAACCGCGACCUUUUCGGCUCUAGGGGAAAGAUUCGUGGCACGCGGAAUUACCUUCCGCAACACCGCAGGUGCGGAAGGGCAUCAAGCCGUGGCUUAUCGCAGCCAAUCCGAUAUGUCGGCCCUUUUUGACUGCUCAAUUGAAGGAUACCAAGAUACCUUAUAUUACCACACCUAUCGCCAAUUCUACCGCAAUUGCGUCAUCUCCGGUACCAUCGACUUCAUCUUUGGCAAGGGGAGUGCACUAAUCCAGAACAGCGUGAUCAUUGCAAGGAAACCCUUGGCAAAUCAAUUCAACACCAUUACUGCCGACGGCAAAGCGCUGGCGAAGGCGAAGGGUGGAGUGGUACUCCAGAAUUGCCGAAUUGUUCCAGAGGCUGCUCUCUUCCCGUCGAGGUUCAAGUUGAAAACAUACUUGGGAAGACCUUGGAAGGCGUACUCGACGAGUGUGGUGAUGGAGAGCCAAAUAGGUGAUGUGGUGAACCCGAUUGGGUGGAAGGUUUGGGACGGGGAGAAGUUUGAGGACACUAGUAUUUGCUGGGAGUAUAAGAACUUUGGACCAGGCGCAAACACGGUUAUGAGGAAUAGAGCUUUCAAGAAAUGGGAGGUGGUUGGUCCCAUAAAAGCCAGACAAUUCACCGUUGGAUCUUGGCUCAACGGAGAUAGCUGGUUGCCGGCCACCGGGAUACCUUUUGCCCUGGGUUUCACUAGAGGAUAGAUCUUAUAAUAGAUGAUUGAAUU